UGCCUCCCUGUGGAACUAGCAAAGCUGAACAAGUUGCGGCCGCCCCACAGCCGGCGCUCCCCGCCACCGCCCGCCGCGCGGUCUGCUCGCCCUCGCGCCAUCCCUUCCUCGCGCCUUUCUCUCUCUUCCCUGGCCCGGAGGCCCCGCGACCGCCGGCCCCGCCGCCCACGCCACGGCCAACAUGAGCUUCUUGUUUGGUAGUCGGUCCUCUAAAACAUUUAAGCCAAAGAAGAAUAUUCCAGAGGGUUCUCACCAAUAUGAGCUGUUAAAGCAUGCAGAAGCCACACUUGGCAGUGGCAACCUCCGGAUGGCUGUCAUGCUUCCUGAAGGGGAAGACCUAAAUGAGUGGGUUGCAGUGAACACUGUGGAUUUCUUCAAUCAGAUCAACAUGCUUUAUGGAACCAUUACAGAUUUCUGUACGGAGGAAAGUUGUCCAGUGAUGUCAGCUGGCCCAAAAUAUGAAUAUCAUUGGGCAGAUGGAACAAACAUAAAGAAGCCUAUUAAGUGCUCUGCACCAAAGUAUAUUGAUUACCUGAUGACUUGGGUUCAAGACCAGUUGGAUGAUGAGACCCUGUUUCCAUCAAAAAUUGGUGUCCCGUUCCCAAAGAAUUUCAUGUCUGUGGCAAAAACUAUACUCAAGCGCCUCUUUAGGGUUUAUGCUCACAUUUAUCAUCAGCAUUUUGAUCCUGUGAUCCAGCUUCAGGAGGAAGCACAUCUCAACACAUCUUUCAAGCACUUUAUUUUUUUUGUACAGGAAUUCAACCUUAUCGAUAGACGAGAACUUGCCCCACUCCAAGAAUUGAUUGAAAAACUCACCUCAAAGGACAGAUAAAAGGAUGCAGAGCUGUGCAAAUUGUUCCUCGAAUGAAGCUGUGUGGAGUGUAUUUGGAUUUUUGUUUUUUAUCUCAGUUGUUUUUGUUUUAGGUUUUGGGGGACUUGCUUGGGUUCCUUUUCCUUUAAUCUGAAUAAUUUAAGCCAUAUUCUAUUGCUACAGAUAGCCAAGAAUCAUUCUUAAUACAUUGGAUAGGAGUAAAUUUUGUCUUAGUGGCAUACAGAACAUAUAUAUACUUUACCUUGGUUUUGUUACUUGUGGAAUUUACAAUACCAUUGUGAGUGGAAAGAAUAUACUUAUUAAUUAGACUGCUGAUGGAAGGGGUUUCUGUGUUGUAUAAAUUGUGGUGGAUUUUUGAAGUCCCCGAAAGACUUAUGUUUUCAAAAAGUGCCUUGGCAGGCUCACUUCUGAGGUGCAAAGCACAGACAUAGAACUGAACAGGGCUUGAAAUAAUUAUUAGGAGUAUUACCCAGGGCACUUAUUGAUGCAUGUUUUAAAAUAUCUAUGAUAAAAGCCAUAGUUUACCUAAAUCAGUGAUCUCCAUCUUUUACUACAUGGAACAAACACCAUUUGUAAAGUUGUGCAUGUAGAACAAAAAAAAAAAAUUAGUAUCUUAAUUAUUUUUGAUAUUGAUAAUUCUGUUCAACAAAUUAAAGUUUUACAAGCAGGUUUUUUUUCCAUCUCUAUAUCUGUGAUAUUGAAACUUAAGGAUGUUGAAAUGUAAUAUGUUUUGCAUUUUAGCUUCUUUCUGUAUGUUAACUGCACUGUAGGUGUAAAAAUUCAGGUUAUAUAUAGGUUUGCCAUCUUUAGAGGUGAUGCUGAACUGUGAGGUUUCUUAGCAAUUGCCAAAUGAGCCAUAAGUCUGCAGAGUCCCCUUCUUUGAAGAGAAGGGAUAGGAGUUUGUGUUUGUGUUU